GGACUCGGGGCCAGUCAAUGUAUUGUUAGCUUUCCUCGUCUUUACCUUUGCACCUAGUCUUGACUUCUGUCUUCCAUGUUACUCUGGGCCCAGGCAGAAGCAGGAUCCCGAGAUAGAAACAAGUUGUAUAUCAUCUUCCAAGAGUCUGCCUCGGACGUUGCAGUAUCCCAGCGUCCGGUCCGCCUUGUCUUCCUGUCUCUGUCUUUUCUCGGCCCCCUUCAGCCCUGCUGGCGAUGAUCGAGGGUGUCAUCUCGACCCAUUUGCCUCAUCCACCCCUGAUAGCUGUCGACUAGGUUAUUCCCAUCUUCUGGAUACUUCAACACCUCACGGAUACCUUACCUUUUUUUUCCCACGCACCUAAUCUCAUACAUAUCUACACCCUGACACCUUUAUACGCACCUCUUUCUCUCUCUUCAGCAGAAUCCUUGUCAGCUUCGAGUUUGCUGCCUUGUCUUGCCCCCUCUCCAUCUGUGAACAAAUUCCUUUAUAACCGCCUCUUUCCCCAUCUUACCCAUUGUCCCUCAGCCUUCUUAGACAAGGUUGCCAAUCAGAAUCAGAGCACUCCCGAUCAGGUUCUUAUCCACACGCUCCUCCACUCACACAAAUCUACCCGAGUCCCAACCGGGCAUCCUCCACCCCCCUCGAGGCCUGAUUGCGUCUUGAUCCAACGCCCUGUUGGUAUAUAAACCAAACUUUUACGCCCAACAACCAACCGCCCGUCGAAACGAUAAAAGAAUAGCAAGCCUGCGGCCGAACCAGUUAUGGAUCUUACACCACCAUCUCUUACCAGAUCGCCAGCAUCUCCAACUCACACCUAUUGUCCAUCGGAGCGUUCCUCGCUUGAUUAUCCGUCUCCAGACUUGGCGGCUCAACAGUACAAGAUCAGUUCUUUAUACGCUGCCGACCAACUCUGCUCCUUGGAUCAGGCAGCCGAAGCAGACAUUUCCUUGCCACCUUUGGAUCCUCGACCACCGGUAGAUUGGACUACCACCGACAUCAUGGCGCCCUCAUCCUCAUCCUUUUCCAUCCCGAAUGUUCUAUCUACAGGAUACGACCCGUUUGCUGAGUACGACUCGCAAGUGUCCGCCUCGUACGGAUCCGACUCAUACCCUCCGCCGCCACCCCACUCGUCCGUGCUAGGCCACCAUCAACAUUCUCUUACAGACUCCCCGGGACGCUCACCCGGGCCAUCCUCAUCCAGAAGUUCGCUGUCCUACGCACAAGUUGCGCAUUCCUCGAGUUCGUUGGGGCCGAGGAUCAAGAUGGAGAACGCCAACGAGUACGGAUCUGGAAUUGACGCCUCGCACUACGCUUCUCCACGCUCAAUGCAGACGCCUUACAUGACAGAAUCAAGCACAUACGGUAAUCUCCACCAGCACUAUCUAUCAGAUAACCAAUCUCCAAGCUGGUCCAAAGUCGAAUAUGGCGUGGAGCAGUACUACCAAAACUCUCCUGCGGGGGAGCCAGCUCCUGUUAGUCGAGAGUCGAAGCGGGCAGAUGACGGAAAGCACAACCGCCCAAAACGAGCGCCACGGAAGAUGACGUCCUUUGCGGACGCCCAGUACCAGUGUCAAGUUGCAGGAUGUGGUAAACUCUUCAGCCGCAGCUACAACUACAAGGCACAUCUGGAUACACACGACGACAAGCGGGAAUACCCAUUCCCAUGUCCAGUAGCUGAUUGCAACAAGAGGUUUGUCCGGAAGACAGACCUUCAGAGACACAAUCAAAGCGUUCACAUGAAGGAAAAAAACCACCGUUGCGACUAUUGCGGAAGGUUGUUCGCCCGGAAGGACACGCUUCGCAGGCACAUGGAUGAUGGAUGUUCCAAACGCUUCGACGUUGGCACUUGCGACCUUCGUGUGGAGGGUUUUGGAGGCUUAGCGCCGGUCAAUCGUAGCAUGGGAGGGCCGAUACAUGCCAUGGGACCUGGCUCAGGGCCUCUGCCUCCCAUCAACGCGCCGGUGGGGGCCGGUAGUAGCCUGUUACAUCCCGAAUCAUCUGCUUGCAGGAGUAGAAGCGUCUUGUCUGGCGCGAGCGAUGGAACACAUGGCGAUAGUUGGCAACGGUAACGGAACGGCGACUUGGUCCUCUCGUGAAGGAGCUGUGCGGCAUCCAGGCCUUUCUCACAACGUUUAAGGGAUCACUGUAACACCAACUCGAAUUGGCUUUGGGGGAGUUGGUUUGAUUUACAUGCACGGCAAAUUAUUUGCUGUGGAGAUACUGUAAAUGUCUAUAUCAUGGCGUUGGAGCAUCGAGCGGGCACGGCAUGAGGAAUUACUGUAAUGACGGAAUGUACUUGAUGGGCAUGAUAAGGGUA